CACUGCUGGCAAAGACCACCUUGGAAAAAAAAAACAGACCACCCUGAAAAGAGCUGCAGGUGUGAGGCUUUUAAAGGGAUUUGUCGGGAGGCAUUUAGACAGGAGGGUGGCAAGGUAGUUACGAAUUCCAGGAUAGUUAGGAACUCCCUCCCUCCCUCCCUCUCUUCCUCCCUCCCUUGUGACAGCAUUCCUGCUGGCUGCACCAGGCUGGCUCCAGAGAGUAGCCUCUAGCCCUAAUCCGUCUUUUGUUUAGCAGACACCUUUUGUUUCCCUUGUUUCCCUCUCUGUGAAUCUUGUCUCUGUGUAAACAAGGGUACAAAGGAUAUUUGGUGGCUUUCUCGCCUUCAUAGCAAAGGUAGUGGGAGACUAUAUUGUUCAACCAUAUGACUUACAAAAAUUAGUGGUCUUUAAAGUCAACGAAGGGGCUGGGAUGUAGUUCAGUUGGCAGAGUGUUUGCCUAGCAUGCGCAAAGCUUCCAUCCCCAGCACCACAUAAAGCAAGUGUAGUGUCUCACGCCUGUAAUCCCAGGACUUGGAAUGUAGAAGCAUUAGAAUCAUUGUCAACCACAUAGGAAGUUGAAGGUCAGCUCAGGAUACAUGAGAUCCUGUCUAGAUCAGUCAGUCAAUGAAGUCUACUUGAAGCAAGGGAACCUGGAGGGUGUGUUUAGGUUUUCCCUUGAAUUCAUGAGAUGUAAUCUCCCAGAGUACAUCUUGCCCACACUUUGGACAUAUUCAGAACUUUUGUAGAAGGAAGAAUUCAUUCUUACAACAUGGUCUUAGCAACACCCAAAUCCCCCUGCUGACACCAGGGUAGGGGAUGUCGCCGUAUAUAUACUGUAAGAAUGGCACACCUUCAAGCUAUCUACCACCUGCUGUACACACCUCCACCCCACUGCCGUUCUUUCAUCUGAGGGACACACAAGGUCUCCGUCCUUAGGCUGGCUUUCUCAGCUCUCAGCAGUUCCUGUGUGUGAAGCCUGUGACCACACCUCUGCCCAGCCGGUUUGUGUGUCUGUUUUCAACACUGUCUGAGGAGAAAUUCCUCUAAGCUCUCUCAUUGGCUGUGGAAUCACCUCCCCUGGGCAGGAUGCCAGGCCUCACGGAAAGAGCCAUGUUCGCUGUGUAGACUUUCCUCCCGGGCACUAUAGUAGCAAUGGUGCCUGUCCUGCUGUCCCUGCCUCUCCUUCUGGGUCCUGCAGUCCUUCAGGAGACUGGGCCUUAUUCGCUGAUCUUCCUCUACACCGGCUUGUCCAGGCCCAGCAAAGGCAUCCCCAGGUUUCAAGCCACCGCAUUUCUCAAUGACCAGGCCUUCUUCCACUAUGACAGCAACAGCAGGAAGGCGGAGCCCGUGGGGCCUUGGAGCCAGGUAGAAGGAAUGGAGGACUGGGAGAAGGAGAGCCAGCUUCAGAGGGCCAGGGAGGAGAUCUUCCUCGUGACCCUGAAAGACAUCAUGGACUAUUACAAGGACAGCGCAGGGUCUCAUACCUUCCAGGGAAUGUUCGGUUGUGAGCUAUUGAAUAACAGAAGCAAUGGAGCAUUCUGGAGGUAUGCCUACGAUGGACAGGAUUUCAUCGAAUUCAACAAAGAAAUCCCAGCCUGGAUCCCCUUAGUCCCAGCAGCUGAGAACACCAAGCUGAAGUGGGAGGCAGAAAAAGUCUACACACAGCGAGCCAAGGCAUACCUAGAGGAGGAGUGCCCCAAAAUGCUGAAGAGGUACCUGAACUACAGCAGAUCUCACCUGGAUCAAAAAGAUCCUCCCACUGUGACAAUCACCAGCCGUGCAGCCCCAGGAAGAAAAAGGACAUUCAAAUGCCUGGCCUAUGACUUCUACCCACAAGGAAUAAGUCUGCACUGGAACCGGGCCGGCAAGAUGCUGACAUCCAAAUCAGGAGGUGUUUUUCCCAAUGGAAAUGGCACUUACCUGUCCUGGGUGGAGGUGGAAGUCCCUCCUCAGGACAGAGACCCCUACUUCUGCCACAUAGAGCAUAGUGGACUGUCCCAGUCACUCUCGGUGCAGUGGGAUGAUACAAAGAAAGCAAAAGCCGAAAGCAACCCAGCAACUCAGCCUCAGUAAGUUACUCUCUCUGUGUGACAUGAGAGAGUUGAGCUUCAGAAGUCAAUGUCACCCACAAGGUCUUCCAUGGGCAGCUGUGCGACAGCUAACUAGAAUCCAAGGAACAGGAGUGGGGACAGAAGACUUGAACACCAAGCACUGAGUACACACUCAAUGUCAAAUCACCUGGCCUUGUAAAACUCCUCACCGAUUAAUCUGUAAGUCCUCACAACCCCUCAUGCCUAGUACUGCAUAGAAAGGCAUUUUAACCUUGGAGAUGCUAUAAAAGUGUGAGUUGAUUUUA